AUGAGGGACCUGAGUGCCUGUCCAUUGAAUGUCAACGCUACCACAGAUGCCAACGACAACAAACAGAGACGGGAGGAUUUCUCAGAGUACUUCACUCCAGCUAUCAAAUGCGUUGUGGACUUUGCUAAGGCGACUCGGCCUACCAAAGUUUUUGAGAGAACUACAGAAUCUCGCAGUGCGGAAUGGUUUGGAGAUUUCAAAUUAGCUGAGCCUGAUUUCGAUUGGUCAUAUCUUGGAGAUCCUAGCAAUGCAGAUGCCAUCCACAAAAACAUAGAAAACAGAAAGGCAGAAGGUGAUAUAUGGAAUGUGAUUCAACUUCGACAGAAGUUUUUAGCAGAAAAAGACGAAACUGUGAAAGAGAAAAUCAGACAGAAAUUACUGAAAGCUGCUUUGGAAAUUCCAAACUCUUCCCACCCUAAUUCACCAGUCGGAGAUGAAACCAGUGCUCGUGUACUUAAGACUUUUGGAAUUAAACGGAACUUUUCUUUUCCCCCAAAGUCAGCUCUUGAACUGGGAGAAAGUUUUGGUCUUCUGCGAGCAAGAAAUGUUGUUUUGACAACAGGUGAAAGAACGUAUUAUUUCAUAGAUGACCUAGCUUUGCUGGAACAAGCUUUGGUAAAGUUCACCAUCCACAGACUAUUAAAGCAGGGCUUUAAACUUAUUUCAGUACCAGAUUUGAUACACCCUGGUGUCAUUGAAGGUGCUGGCUUCCCAACAACAGGGGAGCGAACUCAGGUGUACAGUUUGGAUCCAAAUCUUCACAGCCAGGCUUGUCUUAGUGGAACAGCUGAAAUGCCAUUGGCUGGAUUUUUUGCAGGAGAGACUUUGAAAGCUGAAGAGGGGCCUCAGAAACUAUGUGCUGUUAGCAGGUGUUAUCGUGCAGAAACAUCGAACCUGUCAGAGGAAAGAGGGAUUUAUCGCGUUCACCAGUUUACCAAGGUUGAAAUGUUUGCCGUUGUCUGUGAUACUGAGACGACCCAAAGUGAUGCUGUGCUUCAGGAAUUUGUUGGCAUCCAGCACAGGUUGUUCUCAGAGCUGGGUUUACAUUGCCGAAUUUUAGAAAUGCCUUCGGAAGAGUUAGGUGCACCAGCAUACAGAAAAUAUGACAUCGAAGCAUGGAUGCCGAACAAAGAAAUGUGGGGUGAAAUUUCCAGCGCUUCGAACUGCACCGAUUUCCAAAGUAGACGACUGUGCAUGAAGUUUCUCAGCAAGACUGGUGGGGAGAAAUAUGUUCACACAGUAAACGGAACAGCCUGUGCUGUACCCAGACUCAUUAUUGCUGUUCUUGAGAAUUUACAAAAUGAAGAUGGAACGGUGCAGUUACCAGAGUCCCUCUGGCCCUAUAUGAACGGUGUUAGAAAAUUGAGAGACAAACGGACAAAAUUACCCCAUCAUACCUGGCAAAAAAAAUCUCUAAAGCGAUAACUUACACCAUCACUUUAAAUAUUAUCGUUGGGGGGCAACCAAACUGAUGCACACACACACACACAAAAAAGAACAAAACGAAAAAAGGCCCAACUCUAAAUUUUUUAAUUGCCAUUUGAUGGAAUUUUUUGUUUUAUUUUCUCUCAUUGUUAAUUUGUUUGACAUCCUUAUCCUUUUUUUUGGGUGACACCCAUUUAAUAUCCAAAUCCAGAAAUGGAAUAAAUACACAUUUGAAAAUCCACAUUUUUAUUUUGUGCAGUCUGAAUGGAUAUUAGAUGGUUUUCUGUUUUGCCAGUCCUUAUGAUCACGCAAAUAUGUCUUUUAACAGGAACAAUUUCUGGGACACUCAACAUUUUGCACAAAGCGUGUGAUUUUUCAAUUUGACUUUUAUACCCUCCUCUAGCAUUGAAAAAAACAGAUUCGUUGUACUUGUGAAACAAAACUUUUAAA